CAUGCAUCACACAACUUCCUUGCAUCAGACAUCGGGUUUUCUACACGUGUGACAAGAUUUCCUAAAGUUUCCGUCGUUUCUUGUCUGUGUAAGAAGAAUUCAUAAGAUUGAGAUAUCGUGACGAUGGCGCCAUCCUGCCGCUUCUACGCAAAGCGGUUUCCCCAGGUUGAUGAAGUUAUCAUGGUGAAUGUUCGGUCCAUCGCAGAGAUGGGGGCGUACGUCAGCCUCCUGGAGUACAACAAUAUUGAAGGUAUGAUCCUGCUGAGUGAAUUGUCCCGACGACGUAUCCGUUCCAUCAACAAGUUGAUCCGAGUGGGUCGUAACGAGUGUGUGGUGGUCAUCAGAGUGGACGAGGAAAAGGGAUACAUUGAUUUGUCCAAGAGAAGAGUGUCCCAAGAGGAGAUGGCUCAGUGUGAAGAAAAGUUUGCCAAGGCUAAGGCUGUGAACAGUAUCCUGCGGCAUGUGGCACACCUGCUGGAGUACCAGCACGAUGAGCAGCUGGAGGAUCUGUACGUGCGCACGGCCUGGGCCUUUGAUGAUGAAAAACCUGGGAGUGCUUAUGAGAUGUUCAAGAAGGCUGUCUCUGAGCCCCAGGUCCUAUAUCGAGGUAGCAUGUUACGGCUAUGAGGGUAUAGAUGCUGUGAAGGGAGCAUUGAGAAAAGGACUAGCUCUCACCACUGAAGAUAUGCCCAUUAAGAUCAACCUGAUUGCCCCACCGUUGUACGUGAUGACAACCCAGACAUUAGAGCGGACGGAGGGUGUUCUCCUUCUGCAGAAGGCCAUCAAUGCCAUCAAGGAGGACAUCGAGGAGGGCGGUGGAGUCUUCAACGUUCAGAUGGCACCCAAGGUAGUGACAGACACAGAGGAAAUGGAACUGGCCAAACAGCUGGAGAAGCUGGAGGCUGCCAACAGGGAGGUGGACGGGGAUGAUGACUAUGAUGAGGAAGAAACAAAAUAAGAUCCUGUAUGCCCUACAGAUGAAGAAAAAAUGUCAUUCUUAUUAUUUGUGUUCUCAUAAGAAUGGGGGAGCCUUCAAGCCAGUCUUAUUCAUAUUGGCAUGUGUACCCUCUCAUUGGAGAAUUCAUGCAAGAUUUGUUGUGUUUAAAAAAAAUGGCCCUCCCCUUUACUGGCUUUUGCUGGUUGUAGAUCAUGUAAAGAAUCUCAUCUAAUUUUAAAAUAUGUCACCUUUCACUUCUACUUGUAACACAAGCAGACUGUAUUUGAACAGUGAUGAGACCAGACUUUAUUAUAGGGUCAUGUUUUGCUAUAAUGAAUAUUUCUCCAAUGUCUAACAUAUCUGUAAUAUUAUGUUGACAUUAUUCUAAAGUGAGAAAGUUGAUUGGUAUAGACCAAUAGCUAUAGUUAUCAAAACAGACAUUUUUGAUAUGGUACAUUCUCAUAUUAUCUGUGUCAGUAACGUUGAGAGUACAUUGGAUUGGCCAAGAAUAAAAGAAGAGCAUUGUGCUGUACAUGCAAAGGAUGUAGGUUAAGAUCAGAUCCAUUUCCUAACACAACAUCAUGUAUAACUUAAAACUACAUGUACCAUGAUAACAUGGCCGGGAGCAUUAAUUUGUCUACUCUAAGAAGCAUGCACUGAACUACAUGGAUGGUAGUGGUUGUUUAGUUCAAAUUAUACCAAGACAGAUAAAUGUACAUGUACAAAUUCAUAUGCAUUUGAUAUGGUACACUGGCUUGAGAGUCAACAUUUCCAAUAAUAGUACAUUUCUUUAUGUGUGUAGUGAGCCCCAGCACACUACACACAUACAGCAAGGCAAGGAAAAUGUUACCAUGUAGCUUGAAUUGACUUAAUUUCACAAUGUUCAUAAUAAACCAUACAUCUAUACAGCUUUUGUAUUCAAUUUUGUAUCAAAGCCUGUUC